AUGAAUCAAUUACAAGAUGACCCUUCCUUUCAUCCACAAUCAUAUUUAGAGUUACAAAGUCUGUUAAUUGAUAAUGCUAUAUUCAAAGAUAAUGAUGCGACCAACUCAAUAAACUUGGAUAACUUUAAAGAUUUUGAUAAUUUACUCAGCAGUUUAGAGAAUGCAAUUAGGUCAAGUACUCAAUUUAAUCAACAAUUUAAUAUGUUAGCAGUCCCUAGUGUCAAAAUACUUGAUAUUUUAUUUACUUUAGCAUCUAGAAAUUCCAGUAACUUGACUGUUUUAUCAUCAAACAUGGCAACUAAAUUAGGUAUUCAUCAAACUGAAGAUCAAAUAAAAGCUAGAAAUGAAGAUUAUGAUAAUAAUUUAAUGAAAUCUGCUACAAAUGAUAGAGCAUAUUUAUUAAUCAAAUUGUAUAAUGAUUUAAUUAUAGAACAUCAACAUUUGAAAUUAUAUGAAAAUUUCGUAAAUUUUAUGAAUUCAUUUAUUAUUGAUCAAACAGUAUCGAGUAAAACACCAAUGGCCAACCAGCCUACCUUAUCAUCGGCUAAAAUACCCAAACAAGAUAUAUUGGAAAUUAUUAGACCGUCUCCAAUAAAGAGAAGAAAAACGCAAAACCUAAAAUAUCAAUCUAAUAUUCAAAUUAGUGAUGAAAAUGGUGAGGAAUAUACUAUGAUUAGUGAUCCAUAUGAGGAGAAGGUUGUUAAAUCAAACCUAAGUAUGGAGGAAGAAGUGGAAAAAUUUCAAAAUACAAAUAAACUAUAUAAUCCAUUUAUUGAUAAAAAUAAUAAUGUUUUCAAUACUAGUCCUAAAAAACAAAAGGGAAUGUUGAAAUGUAAAAUAUUUGAUGAACCAAUGUUAAGUACUCGAUUAAACCCAAAAGGGAAUGAUUUUCAUUUAUGGAAAUUGAUUAAUUGGACAUUUUAUUGUGGUGGGACAAAGAAUAAUGUCUAUAAUUCAACUUAUAAAUCCUCCCAUUUAAUUUAUCAAACUCAAUCAAAAGUAAUCAAUGAAAUGUUUAGGUUUUUAGAAUUUAAUUUUGUUGUUGAAUUAUCUAAAUUAUAUAACAAUUCAGAUCCAUAUCAUCACAUUUUUAAUUUAUCGGAAAAGGGAAAAAGAUUAGCAAUAACUCGAAUAGAAUCAUCAUCAUCAUUAUUACUUUCUAAAUUAAUGAAACAUUUAGGUAUAUAUAAAAAGAAUUGGUAUGAUAGAUUAAUUGAAUACGUAUUUAAUGGAUUAACUUAUAAGAAAGUUUUAUUUCCUCAAACUUGUUAUGAUCAUGAACACCACUUGCUUAAAAAGGAUGAAAAUUUGAAAAAAGAAGAUAGAAUAAUGAAACAUAUUUACUACAAUGAUAACAUGUCAUCCAUGAAAUUGAGAUUUAAAAUUGUGAACCUUGUGUUUUACUGGAGUAUGGUUUUUGAUACAACCACAAAAGAUGGAAUUAUAAAUUUUAACCAAGAGGACUAUAAUUAUUUAUCUCCAAAGAAUUUAAUUAAUGAAUUAGCUAGUAAGCUUAUGUUUAUUGAGUAUGAUUAUUUAGUUGAGUUUUAUUUAUCCAUGAAUUUGGAUUCACAAGUAACUCAAAAGUAUAAAACCGUGUUUUUAACUAAUUUGUCAAUUAAAUUACUCAAAAAUAUUACCGAUUCAACUGAAUUUAAUAGAAGUUUAUAUCCAAGAAUUGAUAAUCCAAAUGAAACACCGGCUGAUAAAUGGAAGUUGAAAAAUUUCAACAUUCUAAUAAGCUGGCUAACAAAUGAAGAUAUCAUAAGUACGAUCUUUGAAGAUGAAACUUACAAAAGUUUUGCACAUUUUGAUCAAGUUUGGAAUAAAUUCAAUUUAAUCUUCAACUGGUUAUUAAAAACUUUCAGUGAAGAAGUAGUAGACUUGAAAGAAUAUGUUAAUCUUGAAGAAUUAUUAACUGUUGCUGAACAAGUUGAUAAUAGUAGAAAAUCAAUGUAUCAACGAUUUACAGAUGACUGCUUUCGAAAUAAAACAUAUUUAGAAAUUACACAAGAGGAAUAUACUAA